CCUAGACAUCUCAACACACGUUCAGUUCGCUGCGGCUGCCCAGCAAUGAUCCGUUUGCACCGAACGGAUGAUCAUGGAUGGUACAUUCACGAGUUUAGGAAAGAUCACAAUCAUGGGCUGGCAAUAAAACGCGGGGAAAAGUUGCAGUGGCCAUCACAUAGAAACAUUGACCCGCACACGAAGGACCUUGUUAGGAACCUCAGGGACAACAAUGUGGGCCUCACGAAGGUGUUUAGUGUUAUUGGGAGCUUCUUCGGAUCAAUGGAAAAUAUUCCUUUCAACAAGCGAUCACUAAGGACAUUGUGUGCAAGCAUCAGCAGGGACCAUUCAGAGGAUGACGUAAAGAAAACGUAUGAUGCUUUUUCAGAAAUGAAGCUGAAAGACCCCAACUUUCGUGACAGCUGCUUGGUAGACUCGGAAGGGACGAUCAGAGCACUAAUGUGGACAAACGGGAAGAGCCGUAUGCAGUACAAUCUGUUCGGGGAUGCAAUAACCUUUGACACAACCUACCGAACAAACCAGUAUGACAUGCCUUUUGGAUUAUUCGUCGGUGUCAACAACCACUUCCAAAGUAUAAUCCUAGGUGGUGUCCUGUUGACGAACGAGAAGACAGAGACAUUUGAGUGGGUGUUCAAAGAAUUUGUAUCUCUAAUGGGAGGGAAACCACCAGUGACCAUUCUUACAGAUCAGUGUCGUGCAAUGGAGAUAGCUAUUGCUGCUGUUCUCCCUGAGACAACUCAUAGAUGGUGCAAGUGGCAUGUUUUGCGCAAAGCUAAAGAAUGCAUGGGAUCAGUCUAUUCGAAAGCGUCCGGUUUCCGUGACGAGUUCCACAAGAUUCUGGAGUACAUGAUAACAGUGGAGGAGUUUGAGGCGGCAUGGUCAAGUCUCGUCGCAAAGUAUGGUCUCGAGGAACACCCUUUCUUAACUCAGAUUUUCGAGGUCAGAGAGAAGUGGGCGAAGCCAUACUUUGCAGGAAAGUUCUGCGCCAGGAUGACAAGCACCCAACGUUCUGAGAGUGCAAACCACAUGCUAAAGGGUUUUGUCCCGCCAGGGUCUUCAAUGAACAUGUUUGUUAGGCACUACAAUAAGCUGCAGUUUGACAGAGAUGAGGAGGAGAACUACCAGGAGAUGCGCAGCCGCCUGGGAGGUAUAGUGCUCAACAGCGGGCUGCCUAUUGAGAUGCAUGCGAGCAAGAUUUACACGCCAAACAUGUUUGGCUUGUUCAAGGUACACCUGUUCCAGUCGGGGUCAUAUAUUGUGCAGGAGGUAAUUGAUGGACAAAGGUUCUUUGUGAAGCACGUAUUCGCCGAGAAGAGAGAGAAAUGGUCCCGGACAGAGUAUGAGGUUAUUUUUGAUCCCCAGAGAGAGACUUUCAAGUGUGAGUGUGUGAUGUACGAGCACAUGGGAAUGUUGUGCAGCCAUGCACUCAGGGUUAUGAUCAGUCUAGGUAUAACAGAAAUACCUGCAAGCCACAUCAUGAGGAGGUGGACCAGAGAUGCAUACCGUGACAUGCCUGCACAUCUUAUGAUAUAUCAAAAUGACAGCCCUGCUAUGAAAUCCACGAGCUUCCGCCACUCAGCUUUAUACAGAACUGCAAUUGAGAUUGUUCAGAUGGCGGACACUAAUCCUGAGUCAUACGAGGUAGCAAUGUCCCACUUUUUAGAUGCCAUGCCUAUCCUAUCAGAAACAAGCAAGAUAAAAGAUGGUCUUGGGCUGGAAGAGAGACUUCAUGCAUCAGGCAAGCAAAGACAAUACCAAGGAGACAGAUACGAGAGCAGCAGUCUAUGCCCAGACAUGGUUGCUCCUCCCAAAAGGAAAGAGAUGGGGCGACCAACCACAGCAAGAAGCCGGCCUGGUUACGAGAAGGUUAGUGUGCCGAGGACGAAAUUUUGCACCAUAUGCCGUAGUAGGAGCCAUAGGUCGAAUGAGUGCCCAUCGAACUGGAACAAGAAGCCACGGCGAGAGGCGCAUUGCUCCAAUUGUGGUAUUGCUGGUCAUAGGAAGACCAAUUGUUUGACAACCAAUUACUAGCAAACGAAUUUAUGGGAUUGUGUGAGUGGAUACCUGUAGGAUGUUGUUAACCACAUCUUGUGGAAAUCCUAUUUGAAGUUUUAUUUUUUGUAGCUGAAUUAUGCACAGAUUGUUAUCUUGAGCUGAGUUAGAAGUUCCUGAAGGUUGUCACCACAUGCUUAAGCAAAUAUAUAUCGUGGUUAACUCA